AUGUCACAAAAUUCAGGGCCAUUUCUUGUUUCAUCACAUGGUCAUCCUGGUUUUAAUCCUCGACCACCGCCACCACCACCACCACCACCACCGUCAUCAUCAUCAACAUCAUCAAAACGAAUAAGUAAUGGUCUUAUAAGUGGUUCUAGUUCAGGCAAUACAUCUAUUGGACCUAAUAUGGGUCUAUCAUCAUCACCAUCACCAAUGCGAUCAAGUGGUUCAAUAGGUCCAAUGAAAUCUUCUGGUGUUGGUAUGAAUCCUAUGGAUAAAUCAAAUUCAAUGCCAUAUUCAAAUCGUUAUAGUCGUAAAGCAUGGCCUAUGUCACGUAGUAUUCAUGAUAAAAAUAUUCGUGGUCAUGAUGAUCAUGAAGCUCCAUAUCUUCGUCCGAAUAUUCCGGGUCCUAUUGAUAAUAUGAAUAAUUCAUCAUUUACAAUCGAACCAUCAACAGAUGAUGAUGAAACUGAUGAUAUAUAUUUUUCAUCACGUCAUGUAGCAGCAGCACGUUUUCAACGUAAUCAACGUUUAUUAUGUGAAAUAUUUAAUGAAGUAUGUAUACCUGAUUUACGAUCAAAUAUAAAUGUUGAUCGUAUAUUAACAUUACGUCGACAAGUUGAUGCACUUAAAACACAUCGUGAAACAUUUGAAAAAGAUUUAAAUGAAUUAGAAGAAAAACAUGCAGAAAAAAAACGUAAAUUUUUAGAAUCAAAUGAUAAAUUUUAUAAUGAAUAUACUGAAGCUUCAACUAUGAAUUUAAGUCGAGAAAAAAUUAAUGAAAUUUUACAAAAAUAUGAAACAAUGGAAAAAUUACAAAAAGAAAAACAAUUACUUUUACAACAACAACAGCAACAACAACAACAACAAACGCAACAACAAGCUUCGUCAACACCACCACAACAACAACAACCACCUCCAACUAUUCCACCACCAACUAUCAUUCCACCAACUAAAAUUGAACCUCCACCUACUGUUGUUGAAGUUCCACAACAACCAAUAGCACCACAACAACCACCUUCACAUCCUCUUCCAACUCAAUUACCUCCUCAACCUGUACCAGCUCAAAUACCACCUGCACAAUCUGUUCCAAUUCAAUUACCACCUCAACCUAUACCACCAACUCAAAUGCCUUCUAUACCAUCAUCACAACAUAUGCCAACACCAUUGCCACCAACACAACCUGUACAAUCUCCAAUGGCACCUUCUCAACCUACGCAAUCUCAUUUACCACCACCACCACCACCUCCGCCACACCCAACGCCUGUUAUGCAGCAGUUACCACCACCGCAACAAGUUCCACCUCCACAACAACAACAACAACAACAACCACCACCUCCUCAUCAACCUUAUCCAAUGAUGCAUCAAGGAGGUGGUUAUCCACCAGCAUCUGCUUAUGGUCAUCCGCAACAAGCUCAACAAUAUCGACCACCAAUGAAUCAACGUCCAGCACAAUAUCCACCGAAUGUUCAAUGGCAACAGCAACAACAACCACCUCCACCACCGCAACAACAACAACAACAAUGGCAACCUAAUGCAUAUGAUCCUCGAUAUUACAAUCCAUAUCCUCCUAAUGUUCAAUGGUCACAACAACAACAACCAUGGCCACCAAAUCAACCUCCACCUCAACAACAACAACAACAACAAAUGAGUAUGAUGCAACAACAACAACAAGGACCACCACAAAUGCGUCCUCCACCACCCCAAAUGUAUGUCAAUGGUGUUAAUUAUGGUUAUGGUGGUGGUCCAGUUGGUUGGAAUGGUGGCCCACCACCACCUCCACAUCCAUCUCAACAAUAUGGUUAUCCACAAAAUCCACCUUAUGAUCCAUCGGGUGUAUCCGGACCUCCACAACAGCAAUAUUAUCCACCACCGCAAGGUUAUGAUUAUGGUCCACCACCACCUCAACAGCAACAAGCUCCUCUUCCUCCUCAACAACAACAACCACCACCACCACAAAUGAACUGA